UGAAACAACCGAUUUCUCCGGAAAUCGAACGCGAUCUUGAUUGUUUCUUGUAUUAUGUAUCAAUGUUGACAUGUUGUACUGCAGCACCUUGCUCGAAUUAAUGCACGGCCGAAAUACACCACGGAUUGAAACUACAAUGCCGAUCGAUUUUUAUCAACUUCCCGGAAGUGCUCCGUGCCGCGGAGUUGCCUUGACGGCAGCUGCGCUUGGAGUCGAAAUGAAGUUCAAAACCGUGGAUCUAAUGACCGGUGCCCACUUGAAACCGGAAUUCGUAAAGAUGAAUCCUCAACAUACCAUACCAACUAUUGAUGACAAUGGAUUCUAUUUGUGGGAAAGCCGUGCCAUUAUUACAUACUUGGCGGAUCAGUAUGGCAAAAACGAUUCCCUCUACCCAAAGGAUAUAAAGAAACGUGCGAAAGUUAAUCAACAACUAUAUUUCGACGCAUGUACCCUAUACAAAGCUUUGUCUGAUUAUUACUAUCCUAUGAUAUUUAAUAAAGCACCCAAGGACCAAGCUAAAUACGAAAGCAUAGGCACUGCCCUUACGUUCCUGGAAAAAAUGCUUGAAGGACAAAACUAUGUGGCAGGAAAUAAUCUGACAGUUGCUGAUUUGAGCAUUGUAUCAACUGUAUCCACCUUGGAGGUUUUGGGGUACGACCUCAGCAAGUUCAAGAAUGUUAGCAAGUGGUUGGCGAAGAUGAAGUCAGAAGCACCAAAAUAUGAAGAAUUCAACCACAAGGGUGUACUAGCAUUCAAAGCACUCGCAGAUAGCAUGUUGAAGAAAUGAGAAGCUAAAUGAUGCAUUUAUUAUAAAUUAAACAAUAUAUAUUGUACCAUUAAUUUGAUAUUCGAUUUCGUUUUACAUAAAGAAUAAUUUUAAAAUAAAGUGAAAUGAUAAAUAGAA